UGGGCUGCAAUAUUCGUUCAUAUCUAUGUAUUUAUUGGAUGCAUGAUCGGACUGACACUGUUCGUUGGAGUUGUCAUUGCAAACUACAGUGAAAAUAGGGGUACUGCUUUACUGACCGUCGAUCAGCGAAGAUGGAAUGAUUUGAAAAACCGUCUGAAGAUGGCACAACCGUUAAAUAUUCCUCGAAAACCCCCCGAGUCCGCGAAACUUCGUACAUUUCUGUACGAUUUGACGAUGUCCGUAUAUUUCAACCGGUUUUUUACGGUGUGUGUUCUGCUGAACUCGACGCUGCUGUUCAUUCCGUGGAGCGUCGAAGAAGAACAGUCAGACACAAAAGAAACGCUGAAAGCGCUGGUGGCUUUAUCAGCCAUUUUCAACCUCAUCUUUGUUAUUGAGAUCAUUUGCAAAAUAGUCGCAUUCACUUACUGCCGCUUUUGGCAAAGUCGCCGAAACAAAGUUGAUCUCAUAAUCACACUGCUCGGCAUUGUUUGGUGUGUGUUGCACUUCUUCGUUGCGCUUCCGACAGAGGAAAAAAAUGUUCGUGACUUUACGUACAUGUUUGGAUACAGCAUUGUGUUGCUAAGGUUCUUCACUAUCGUUGGAAGACAUUCUACCCUAAAAAUGCUCAUGCUGACUGUCGUGAUGUCCAUGUUUCGCAGCUUCUUCAUCAUCAUGGCCAUGUGCUUGCUAAUACUGUUUUACGCUUACACCGGCGUCAUAUUAUUCGGCAUGGUCAAGUAUGGGCAGGCCGUUGGAAGGUAUUUGAAAGUUUCAUUUUUUCAUCCAAACUUUUACUUAUUGUAUCAACAAUUGUAAUG